GCUUUUUGUUCUCUUCUGGACAAGAAAUACAGAAAUUUGAUAACCGUUUCAUUAGAAGAUGUUUUCAUGUAGGUUGUCAGAGCUCUAGAAGGAAAAACGGAUAUAUUAGUCCAGAGACCAGUGAAUGGCAUUCCACAUAAAUAAAACCGAGAACAUGGCUGAAAGCUUUGAGACCACACCCUAUGAUUAUGAGUGGGCAACACCCUGUGAAAAAGUCAGCAUCAAGGAGCUGGGGUCAUGGCUCCUACCUCCACUGUACUCCCUGGUAUUCAUCAUUGGCCUCCUAGGCAACAUGGUGGUUGUGUUGAUCCUCAUAAAGUACAGGAAGCUCCAAAUUAUGGCUAAUAUCUACCUGCUCAACUUGGCAAUUUCUGACCUGCUCUUUCUCUUCACUGUUCCAUUCUGGAUUCACUAUGUUACAUGGAAUAAAUGGGGUUUUGGCCAUCACAUGUGUAAAGUGAUCUCUGGGUUUUACUACCUUGCCCUGUACAGUGAGAUCUUUUUCAUCAUCCUGCUGACAAUUGACAGGUACCUGGCCAUUGUUCAUGCUGUGUUUGCCCUGAGAACCCGGACUGUGACUUUUGCUACCAUCACCAGCAUCAUCACCUGGGGACUGGCAGGGCUGGCCGCAUUCCCUGAAUUUAUCUUCUAUGUGUCCCAAGACAACGAUGGAGAGCAUUUCUGCGGUCCUCAUUACCCAGAGGGUGAAGAAGACAGCUGGAAGCGUUUCCAUGCUCUGAGAAUGAAUAUCUUUGGUCUAGCUCUCCCUCUCCUCAUUAUGGUCGUCUGCUACUCAGGAAUCAUUAAAACUCUGCUGAGAUGCCCCAAUAAAAAAAAGCACAAGGCCAUCAGGCUUAUUUUUGUUGUCAUGAUAGUCUUUUUUAUUUUUUGGACCCCAUACAACCUGGUUCUUCUUCUCUCUGCUUUUCAAAGCACAUUUUUGGAGAACAGCUGUCAACAGAGCAAACACCUGGACCUGGCCAUGCAGGUGACUGAGGUGAUUGCCUACACCCACUGCUGUAUCAACCCAAUCAUCUAUGCCUUUGUUGGCGAGAGGUUCCGGAAACACCUUCGGCUUUUUUUCCACCGACACGUGGCAAUCUACCUGGGGAAAUAUAUUCCAUUCCUUCCUGGUGAGAAAAUGGAAAGAACCAGUUCUAUUUCCCCAUCAACUGGGGAGCAAGAAAUCUCUGUGGUGUUUUAGUUGGGCAGAGAAAACUUGCCCAGAUUAUACGAACUGGGGAAUGAAGCAAACACAUGAAGUCAAUCACAAUGAUCUCUAAUUCAGUCAUUUGUACUGUCCAUGUAGCACUGAUGAUCUCAAAGACCUUAAAGCACACAUAGUGACUUCAGUAUAUCUUCAUAUACCCUGUAGUCAUGACCAGAGGUCAUGUGCUGGCCAUUUGACAAUUCAUCAAAUGUGAAAACAAUAGCUAUUCUUGAGUCUUUGAAGAGUUGCAUAUAUGCUGAUUCACAUAAGUGUUACUCUAUUUAGCAUCAGUAGGUACAUUUAAAAAAAAUUAAACUUCUACUUCAUUCAUCUUUUGACAUCAGUGAAAUGUUUCACAAAAUGCAUUUACUUCAUUCCCUAAUGUAAGUAGUUCCUUUUUCUCUUGAAUGAUUUUUCUUUUAGUUAUCAUUAUUAUUUGUAUAAGGACAAUUACUCUUGCAGAAGACUGGAUGUCGUAUCUUGUUUAAUUAUUCUUAAAAGUCAAAUGAAUUCCUAUUCAUGUCAGGUGAUCAUAUUUUUCAUUAGUGACAGAACAUUCUGGAAGGAACACAUUGUCCUCCUAAAUGUCAAUUUCACAUUGGAGUCAUAUGUAUUGAGGAGUCCAGGUGUGGUACUCUAGUUCAAUUCCUCUAAACUUGACAUCAUAAGUACCUGGAGGGUAUUUUAAUCCAUGGAUAUAUAAUUCCAAUUGUAGAAGAAGAGUAGAGAUUUGGAGAUAGGCAUCAAGAGUAACAAAUAAAUUAAGUUGGAAGAAAAAUCCUUUUUCACCUGGCCUCACCUACCAAAAAGAUCAAAUACAAGAAAAGUGCAUGAUAUUACACAGGAGAAAGUUGGUGCUAUGCAAAUAACCUAUGAAUGAUCAGAACCCAGAUGGCACAGUGCUUUUGAAUGUCUGUCUUUUCCCAGAUCAUUAGUACUCUUCUAUAGAUCCCAGGAAUAUCUUUUUAUCUUUUAUCUAUCUAUUACUAUCAUUAUAUAUAUGUUCCCGGUCAGAUUAAUUAUUCUGGCAAAAGACUCUAGAAAUCUCAGGAGGUGCUCUAUGGAUUCAUAUGUACACUCAUAACACCACCCCAGAGCUUAUGAUUCAUGUUUGAAGAGAGACUUGAUCAUCAACAACAGGUUCCCAGGUGAUGGUCAUGAUACUUGUCAAAUGACCACAUUUUUAGAAUUGUUGUAACUAUGAUGCAUUCAGAGAUGUGACAACUGUCCUGAGGAUUUCACAAGUGCUGUGGGAGGGAUAUAUGGGCCCUUUACGUGGUUAUCUGCCAUAAUGAUCAGCCUAUGUGAUAGGCUAGUCCAUCUGAAAGUCGUUAGUGUAGUAGGAACUUCUAGCCUAUUAGUUUUAUUCAGUUGAGCUUUGGUUGUCUGUAUUUAGCACCCUGAACUAGAAACAGAGACACAAAAAUGAGUGAGGAAGAAAAACAGAGUGGAUAUGGUUCAGAUCUCUUUUUUUCAUUCCUUUUUCCCUGUUUAUAGCUUUUUGGGAAAGUAAGUUUUAUGGUUUUCCUUAACUUGUAAUAUGACACUUUUCUACUGGGUGUAAUUUCAUAAUUAUUUUGAAGUAGAUUGCUCAAUAGUGAUGCUAUUGGAGCUACUGAUACUCCAUCGUAGGAAGGAAUCUACAGUCAUAAGACAUUCCUCUUGGAUUUCAACUAUUACUCUCUCUUGCUCCAACUUGCACAUGGUCUUGGGAGAUGCUAAAUAUAUAUAAUUACGGAGUUCCGUGAGGUCAUCAUUCAUGAUGAGAUGAAACUUUGUAAUGAUAUAGCUGUUUGGGAUAACCCUCACUCUUUAAAGUGUACUCUCAAUAAUGCUC